AUGUCCGCUCCCGAGGCGAAGGCGCCUGAGGCUGCGUCCAAGGCGCCUGCGUCCGCCUCCCUCUAUGUGGGCGACCUCCACCGCGACGUCACUGAGCAGGACCUGUUCGAGCAGUUCUCCCCGCAUGGCCAGGUCGUCUCGGUGAAGGUGUGCCGCGAGGCUGUGACCAAGAACUCUCUUGGCUACGGCUACGUGAACUUCACGCCCGCCCAGGCCGAGAACGCCAGGCGGGCGAUGCAGGAGCUGAACUACACGCCGCUGCGGGGCCAGCCCAUGCGCAUCAUGUGGGUGCGGCGUGACCCCACGCUGCGCAAGUCCGGGAAGGGCAACAUCUUCAUCAAGAACCUGCACCCCGACAUCGACCACCGCACGCUGUACGAGACGAUGAGCGAGAACGUCGGCCCCGUGCUGUCGUGCCGCAUCCCGAUGUUCCCCGACGGCACCUCCAAGGGCUACGGCUUCGUGCACUUCGAGAACGAGGAGGACGCCGAGCAGGCCGUCGAGAAGCUCAACGGCAAGGUCCUCAACGGCCUCACCGUCGUCAUCGAGCGCUUCAAGCGCAAGGCCGAGCGCCCCAACGCCAUGACGGACUUCAAGAACGUCUACGUGAAGAACGUCCCCAAGGCCUGGUCCGAGGAGGAGUUCCUCAAGCGCUUCAAGGAGCACGGCGAGGUCACCAACGCCAAGCUCCAGGAGGACCCGACCGGCGAGGGCCACAAGGGCUUCGGUUUCGUGAACUACGCGACGCACGAGCAGGCGCUCAAGGCCAUCGAGGCGCUGCACGACUCGGACGUGGGGGAGGGCGUGAAGCUGUACGUGCAGCGCGCGCAGAGCAAGGCCGAGCGCGAGCGCCUCCUGCGCCAGGAGAAGGAGGAGCGCCAGCGCCAGUGGAUCAAGGAGAUGGAGGGCCGCAACAUCUUUGUCAAGAACCUGCCGGACACGUGGGACGACAACAAGCUGCGCGAGCUGUUUGAGGACUACGGCACGAUCCAGUCGGCCAAGGUGAUGAUGUCGGACGACGGCGUGUCGCGCUGCUUCGGGUUCGUGUGCUUCUCGACGCAGGAGGAGGCCCAGAAGGCCAUCACGGGGCGCAACCAGACCACGCUGGAGGGCGGCAAGCCGCUGUUCUGCGCGCUGGCGCAGCGGAAGGAGGUGCGCCAGCAGCAGCUGCAGCGCCAGAUGAACAUGAUGGGCGGUCCGGGGAUCAUGCCGUACAGCUUCGCGCCGUUCGGCAUGCCGGGGGCGGCGCGCCCGGGCAUGCCGCCCACGAUGAUGAUGCCGCCCUUCAUGGGCGGGAUGCGGCCGGGGCGCGGCGGGCCGAUGGGCCGCGGCAUGGGGCCCGGGUUCAUGAUGGCGGGGCGGGGGCGUGGCGGCAGGGGGAUGGGCAUCGCGGGGGGCCGCGGCGGGCGCGGACAGGGCCCGGGGCGCGGACGCGGCAUGCGGCCGCCGGUCGUGCAGCCCGUGUCGGCGCAGGGCCGGCCCGAGCGCGCUCACGCGGUGGACGAGCAGGCGGCGGUCAUGCCCGCGCCGGACGCGCCCCAGGCGCAGGUGCCCGGCGCGUCGGGCGCGCAGCCCCUCACGCUGGCGCAGCUGGCCUCGGCGUCGGAGGGCGACCGCAAGCGCAUGCUGGGCGAGCGCCUGUACCCGCUGGUCGAGCAGCACCGCCGGGACAUGGCGGCGAAGAUCACGGGCAUGUUCUUGGAGCUGGACACGAACGAGGUGAUCAACCUCAUCGAGGACGGGUCGUACCUGCAGACCAAGAUGCAGGAGGCCGUCGAGGUGCUGCGCCAGCACGGCCUCAUCGCGCAGGACAGCGCGUGA